GUAUGAAGGGUAGUCUCGACAAUUCACAUUAUUCCGCUCACCAAAAAGCAAAUAAUAAUUUAUUUUCUUUUCUGUGGAAUUUUGUUGUCUGUGAACAUAGUCAUUUCUGGUCUCAUCUCUCUCAUCUCCAUCGACUCCUUUUUUUUCGCAGCCCUAGAAUUUCUCUCUCUAAAUUUCGCCUCAAAAUCUCUCGAUCUUCUCCGAUCAUCCCUCGCUACCAUGGCCAAUUCAGCUUCAGGAAUUGCUGUGCACGACGAGUGCAAGCUGAAGUUCAUGGAGUUGAAAACUAAGCGAACACACCGUUUCAUUGUUUUCAAGAUUGAAGAGAAGCAGGUUAUCGUGGAGAAGCUUGGAGAACCGGUUGAAACUUAUGAUGACUUUACUGCAUGCCUUCCUGCCGAUGAGUGCAGAUAUGCAAUUUAUGACUUUGACUAUUUCACCGAAGAGAAUGUCCCAAAGAGCAGGAUAUUCUUCAUCGCCUGGUGUCCCGACACUGCAAAAGUUAGGAGCAAGAUGAUCUAUGCAAGCUCGAAGGACAGGUUCAAGAGGGAGCUGGACGGGAUCCAGAUUGAGCUGCAAGCAACUGACCCAACUGAGAUGGGUCUCGAUGUCUUCAAAAGCCGUGCAAAUUAAAUGCUUCUAGAGUAGCAGUGGAGUAUGAUACAAGCUCUUUGCUUUGCUCAAGAGAAUGUUAAUAGUUUGUGGGACUAUGGUGCUGGCUAUAAUAUCUUUAUCUAGAAGAAGCUGUGAUUUUUGAUCCGUUUUUCUGUGUGGAAUUUAUUUUCUGGAUUGCGUUGGAUGGAUAAUAUCCAUUGGAUUGGUUUUCUGUAUUUCAGAAGAAGAAAAAAGUAUUUCCCUGAGUUUCUCUUA